GGAUCUUCCUGUUUAAGUUUUGAUAUUAUUCCGGAUAACCUGGGAGAUAACCGGGCCGAUCAGUAUCCUUUAACCAUGACUUUAGUUGGUGGAACGCAAGCAGAAAAAGUACAUUGUAAUAAAUUAUUCAUCAUGAAAAUGAGCAAUAUGCACCAGACAAAGCCACCAAAAGAUGAGGAAGAUGAUGAGGAUGAAGAAAAUGAGUCUGAUAGCGAGGAUGAGGAAGAAACAAAACCUGUUUUAGAAUGUGCUGCUAUUCGUCAUUCUGGCUGUGUGGACAGGAUUAAGGUUACAAAAUUUGCUGACAAAUAUAUUGCGGCUUCUUGGUCUGAGGUUGGCAAAGUUUUUGUGUGGGACUUAACACUUCCAAUAAAUGCUGUAAAUGACCACCGUGUUAUGAUGUCGUAUAUUCAAAAUUCUGAAAAUCCACAACCCAUAUUUACAUUUGCUGGUCAUUUAAGUGAAGGAUUUGCUUUGGAAUGGUCCCCAUUAGUUUCAGGCAUGCUUGCAACUGGAGAUUGCAAGAAAAACAUUCAUUUGUGGAAACCUUUAGAAGGAGGUUGGCAUGUUGAUCAGAGACCUUACACUGGUCAUACAGAUUCCGUAGAAGAUAUACAGUGGUCUCCUACUGAAAUAAAUGUAAUGGCUUCAUGUUCAGUUGAUAAAACUAUCAGAAUAUGGGACAUCAGAGCCUCCAGCAACAAAGCUUGUAUGUUAACAAGGCAAAAUGCUCAUGAUAGUGAUGUAAAUGUUAUCAGCUGGAAUAAGAGUGAACCUUUUAUCCUUUCUGGUGGUGAUGAUGGAAAACUCAGAGUGUGGGACCUCCGCAAGUUUCCUGAAGGGGAUCCAAUAUGCACCUUUAAACAUCAUACAGCUCCCAUUACCAGUGUUGAAUGGCAUCCAACAGAUCAUUCAGUCUUUGCUGCUUCUGGAGCUGACGACCAGUUGACACAAUGGGAUCUUGCUGUGGAGAGAGAUGAUGUACAGGAAGAAGGAAAAGAAUUAAGUCCUGAAAUUUUAGCAUUGCCACCUCAAUUGCUGUUCAUCCACCAAGGCCAAAAAGAAAUCAAAGAAUUGCACUGGCAUAAACAGAUGCCUGGUGUCUUAAUUUCCACUGCCCAAAGUGGUUUUGAUGUAUUUCGAACAUUGAGUGUAUAAAAUAAUCUUAAGAUAUUUA